AGGAAGCCAAAGGGAAGAGCCGCCCUCGGCCCCGAGGGCUUACAAUCGGAAGGAGAGACAAGAGAAACGUCUUGCCAGGAGAACAGCUUUGAGUUGAACCAGAAUCCGAAUCCCACGGGCCGCCUGUGGAGUCACUGUGAGAAAUCUCGCGCGCCCCUGAGCGUGUGCAGAGUGCAAACCUCGGCUCCCUCGAGUCUCCCUGCGAAGGCGGCUUCUUCGCCCUCCGCCCGCCCCUCCGCCCCCGCCGGGCUCUGAGUCACUAAUCGGGAGCAGAUGCCUCCGGCCAGAGCCUCGCCUGCCUGUCUGCCUGCCGAAGGUGGGAAUAUUGGACAGCUCUGCAGUCGAACCUCGAGUCCUGACGAUGAAUAUCCUUGCCCCCGUCAGGCGGGACCGCGUCAUUGCCGAACUGCCACCGUGCUUCACCAAAGGGGCCGCGCUCCAUUCCAGGACCUCCUUCCACCCCAAAGUGGUUGGGAUGUGCCAGUCCCAGAGGACGGGGACCGUGGGGUAUAAAAUUUCCAAGAUCAUUGUAGUCGGUGACCUCUCUGUGGGGAAGACCUGCCUGAUCAACCGCUUUUGCAAAGACACUUUUGACAAGAACUACAAAGCCACCAUUGGGGUGGACUUUGAGAUGGAGCGGUUUGAGGUGCUGGGGGUCCCCUUCAGCCUGCAGCUGUGGGACACGGCCGGCCAGGAACGCUUUAAAUGCAUCGCCUCCACCUACUACCGUGGAGCUCAAGCCAUCAUUAUCGUCUUUGACCUGAACGAUGUGGCCUCCCUGGGCCACACCAGGCAGUGGCUGGCUGAUGCCCUGAAGGAGAACGACCCAUCCAGCGCUAUCCUCUUCCUCGUCGGCACCAAGAAAGAUCUCAGCUCUCCGGCACAGUACAGCCUCAUCGAGAAGGAUGCUCUCAAGGUGGCCAAGGAAAUGGAGGCCGAAUAUUGGGCUGUCUCCUCGCUCACAGGUGAGAAUGUGCGGGAGUUCUUUUUCCGGGUGGCAGCGCUGACCUUUGAGGGGAGCGUGAUGGCGGAGCUGGAGAGGAGCAGCGCAAGAAGGAUCGGUGACGUCGUGCGGAUCCACAGCGACGAGCGGGACCUGUACCUGAACACCGAGAAGCGCCGGAGAGCGAAAUGUUGCCAGUGACACGAGCCGUACAGAUGGGGGAAGGAAUUUCACCGGCCUGAACAUUUGCACUGAACUUAUUUCUAUACCAAAGAAAAGUGUUGCUGUUUUUUUAAAUUUUUAAGAAAAGAACAGAUUGCCAUCACAACCUAAGUCAAGCCAUCGGUCCAUCUAGCUCAGUAUUGUCUGCACUGACCGGCAGCAGUGGCUCUCCGGGAUUCCAGGCAGAAGACCUUCCCAGCCCCACCAGAGCUUGCUGCCAUGGACUGAGCCUGGGAUAUUUUCCAUGCAAAAAGCAGGUGCUCUAACCGCUGAGCAGUAUGUGAUUCCUGUAUUGGAGGGGGUUGGACUAGAUGACUCUUGGGGGCCCCUUCCAACUCUACAAUUGAUCCUCUUCCCUGGAUGAAGCUGGUCUGUUUUUUUUUCUGCCCCCAAAUGUUUCUGCCCUCGUGGCUUCUUGUGGGGCAGCCCAGGAAGAGAAUCUUAGAGGCCCCUGUGAAGGGAUUGGAAAAUCACCUCGACUUCAUGUCUACAUUCCAUGGUUUUCCUUUGCCACAACAGUUUCCUGUUGGUGACAUCGAUUCCUGUACCAGGACAUGUAAGAUAGCCCCUGGUUCUGGUGUCAUGGGACAUGUCCCACCCCAUUGGGCAUAAAGACCCCCUUGUCCCCUGCCCCAAAAAACCUGUUGCAGACAGCAAUCCAUUAACCAAAGCGCCUCUGGUCUCCUGGUACGAAUCGCAUUCAGUCAUAAUAAAAGUUGAAAUGUUGUGCUUUUUCUAACUGUUGCCUUGAAUGUGCGUUGAUGGGGUUGGCCAGCAGUGGGGUGUCAUUUCAGCCUGGGGGGCCACAUUGCCUUGU